AACUAUUUUUAAAGAAACUCAUUAUAAUGCUAAUUAUUUGUUGUUGGUAUUUAUCACCAGGGAACUCAUUUGAAUAUGGCACAAAUCAAUGUAUGGAAUAAUUUUCCAGAUAAAUAUGGCACAAAAGUAUUUUAUUCUUUUCAGUCAUCACCCAAACAAAGCUUAUUAAUAUACAGGCGCCAUAUCCUUAUGUUUUACUUCAAGAAAAUUAAACGAAUAAAGAAGAACUAAUCAAUGGAGUUCAAGAAUCGCCAUUUCAUUUUCCGGCUUAUCGUCGUUUCCUUGGCCGUAUUUGGUGCCCCCGCGGUGGGCGGCUACCGGACUGGGUCCGGCAUGGUGGUUCACGAAGACCAGACAAUGCCAUUUGGUGGUCCAAGAACAGAGGAGUUCGCCGGCGGCAGCGGCGAGUGGGUGCUUCUACAGGGCAGCGUCGGCGUCUCCGCCAUGCACAUGCAGCUCAUGCCGGACAACAAGGUGGUGAUUUUUGACAGGACGGAUUUCGGAGCGUCCAACCUCUCCCUCCCCGCCGGGAAAUGCCGGUACAACGACGAAGUCCUUCUUGAAGACUGCACGGCUCAUUCUCUUCUCUACGACAUUUCCACAAACACCUUCCGGCCUCUCAUGGUCCGGACCAACGUCUGGUGCUCCUCCGGCAGCCUCGACGCCAACGGGACGCUCGUCCAGACCGGCGGGUACCACAGGGGAGACCGGAAAAUGCGGACUUUCACUUCUUGCGACGGCGGCGACUGCGAUUGGGUCGAGCUCGAGCAUAAUCUCACAGUCCAGAGAUGGUACGCCACCGAUCAAAUUCUUCCCGACGGCCGAAUCAUCAUUGUCGGCGGCCGGCGAGCUUUCACUUACGAAUUCUUUCCCAAGAUCAAAGACGGAAACAACGGGGCGUAUCUACUCCCGUUCUUGGUGGAAACCGACGACCCGAGAGAAGAAAACAAUCUUUACCCGUUUUUGUAUCUCUUGCCGGACGGGAAUCUGUACAUCUUCGCCAAUCAGCGAUCCAUAGUUCUUGAUUACCAUCAAGAUCGGGUGGUCAAGAGAUUCCCGCCGAUUCCCGGCGAGAAGCGGUCGUACCCGGCGACCGGAUCGUCGGUGAUGCUGCCAAUUCGUUUAACAGGGUACCCACCGACUCCGUACCCGGCGGUGGAGAUUUUAAUCUGCGGCGGCAACAAGGGCGGCGCGUAUCUAAAAGCGGACAAGGAGCACGUGUACGAGCCGGCGUCGCGGACGUGCGGGCGGAUGAGGAUAACCGACCCGAAUCCGAUCUGGGUGAUGGAGCUCAUGCCCAUGGGUCGGGUCAUGUCGGACAUGCUGAUCUUGCCGGUGGGAGACGUCAUCAUUCUCAACGGCGGGUCAAAGGGAACGGCCGGUUGGGAGGACGGGGACGACCCGGUUUACCACCCGGUUCUUUAUAAACCCAACGAACCGGACCCGAGUAGGAGAUUCUCUGUGCUCAACCCCACCACAAUCCCAAGAAUGUACCACUCCUCCGCUAUCCUACUGCCAGAUGGCAGAAUCCUAGUGGGCGGAAGCAACCCCCACCCAAGGUACAACUUCACGGCGGAGAGAUUCCCCACAGAUUUGAGCCUAGAGGCGUUCCACCCGCCGUACAUGUCGCCGGUCUACGCCCGGCUCCGCCCCUCGAUCCUAUCGAUCGAGUCGGCCAGCGGCGGAAACGCGAUAACCUACGGCGAGACAUUCUCCGUCACGUUUGGGGUGCUGGAACCGCCGCAGGACGGCGGCGGACUCGCCGUGAACAUGAUCGCGCCGUCGUUCACCACCCACUCAUUCGCCAUGAACCAACGGAUGUUGGUGUUGGACGUUUAUGCCCUCCAACAGCUCUCUCCGCUUACGUAUGAGAUUACCGUUUUUGCCCCUCUUACCCGUAACAUCGCACCCCCGGGGUAUUAUAUGGUGUUUCUAGUCCACCGAGGCAUUCCUGGGCAUAGUAUCUGGAUUAGGAUGCGUUGAUUUUUGUCACUAGAUACCCAAAAGAAUUGUUAUUAAAACUUGUACAAGAUUUUGUGUGUAUGUCAAUAUGUGUGUGUGUUUUUUAUGGAGUUAAACAAAACCACAGCAUUUAAUUUUUGUCACGUACAUGCAGUAUAUAUAUGGUGUAAUUUAAUUUCUACAUGUAAAAAUAUUAUUUGGACUGGAAUAAUUAAAUCCGGUGUGUGGGUAAUUAAAUGUACUUGGUAUGAAGUUGAUCCGGCGUGUUAUCUUAAAGGUGUUUCUCUGUACUAGUUUUAUUCAUUUAUUACAAAUAAAUAGUUUUAAACUUA